AAUUAUUUCCAAGCUCUGAUACAAAGUGUUGCAGCCCUAACACAAGCAUACUAGGUCAGACACGGUCCUAGCCUCAAGAAGUUGCUUGCAUCACCUAGAACGAUAUUGGAGGCAGCCUCUGUAUAUUAAACAGCCUAAUCUAAUUUCAAACAUACAAAGGAGGUAAAUCCUGGAUUAACCUGGCAGGACAAGGAGAGGAUCAGGAAGGGAAGGCCGAGUUAAUAGUGUGCAGUUUCUUCAACACAUCAGCAGUGGUUAGAGUUGGGGACAUCUUGUCGGUUUCUGAAAAGGGACUCUAUAGAAUAGGACUCUUGUUUAAUUCUGCAGAAUCAGGUGUGAUUUCAGGAAACAUCAAGGCUAUGCCGUUCAGACUUCUUUUCUAACACACACAUCUAAAUAGUGGGAGCAAAUCAAAGUGCUAGGUCAGCAAAAUAGAUUUGCUGAAAAAGAGACAGAAAAUAGGUCCAUUUGGCUUAGUGAGACACUAAGUGAGGAACUAAACCAGAAUUAUCUCGGAAAAAAGAAGAAAGAUCGGUGUGUGACUCAGCCAUGGAAGAAACCUAUCUGCUAAAUGUGGAAGGAGUCAAGAAAAAGAUUUUACAUGGAGGCUAUGGAGGUCUUCCAGAUUUCAAGGAUGGAAGCAAGGUAACAUUCCAUUUCCAGACACUGAAGGACAACUUUGAGCGAACAGUAAUAGAUGACAGCCGUCAGGCUGGCAUCCCCAUGGAGAUUAUUGUUGGGAAAAUGUUCAAAAUUGAGGUGUGGGAGACCCUGUUGACUUCCAUGCGGAUUGGUGAGGUGGCGGAAUUCUGGUGUGAUGCUGUUCAUACCGGGAUGUAUGCCUUAAUUUCCAAGGGCAUGAGGAAAAUUGCUGAAGGCAAAGACCCUCUGGAGGGUCAGAAGCACCGCUGUGGGAUGGGCAACAUGUUUGACUAUCACAGCACAGGUUAUGCGGACUUAGAUGAACUUCAGAGGACACCACAACCUCUCAUCUUUAUUAUGGAGCUAUUUAAAGUAGAGGAUCCCACUUCCUACAAACGGGACACAUGGGCCAUGAAUAAUGAUGAGAAACUGCUGGCAGUGCCAAAGUUGCACACUGAGGGUAACCGUUUAGUCCUGUCCAGAAAAUUCAAGGAAGCAGCAGAGAAAUACCAAGAAGCUGUCAUCUGUUUGCGUAAUGUCCAGGCCAAGGAGAAGCCAUGGGACGAAGACUGGCUGAAGCUAGAGAAUCUCAUCACACCUCUUGUACUCAACUAUUGCCAAUGUCAGCUGGAGCUGGGGGAGUAUUAUGAAGUGUUGGAACACACCACUGAUCUUCUCCAAAAGAACAACAAAAAUGUCAAGGCUUAUUUCAAACGGGCAAAGGCCCAUGCUGCAGUCUGGAAUGAAAAGGAGGCUCGAGCAGACUUUCUGAGGGUGGCCCACCUGGAUCCCUCUCUGGCUGCUGCUGUGAGAAAGGAGUUAAAGAUUUUGGGGGAGAAGAUGAGGCAGAAACACGUGGAAGAUCGUAAGAGGUACCAAGGUCUUUUCCAGCACCCUUCCCAAGGGGAAAGCGAGGAGACAAUGACCAAGGAGAGUGAAGAGCUCUCUGGGAUAAAUGAGCUGCCUGGCUAUGGCCACAAAGUAGAGAUGGGUGAAAAUAACAAAGAAGACGCCUUAAAGGCAAAUAGUGGGGGCCAAGGGACUGGAGCAAGGAAUCAAGAAACAGUGGAAGCAAACAAAGAAGAGGAAAAGAAAGGAUCUUCAGUGAAAGAGGAGGAAAAGGAGACAGAUGAUACUUUCCUUCAGAAAGAAAUGAACAUUGAAAUAGGAAUGAAAAAAACAGAAGAGCAAGAAGAAGGAAAAGUGCACAGUUAUUCGAAAGAUGAUUUAACAGAUGGUGAAACCUCUGAGAUCAAACAAUUAGGACCUGAGCAUUGCCAGGCAAAUGAAGAGGGAGAAAAUGUGGAAACUGAGGUGGAUCAAAGGGGACAGAUAGAUUUUGCAGCACUGAAGGGAGAGCAAGAAAGAAGAGCUGCCCAUGGAAUUGCUAAGGAAAAUGUGAGGGGAACUGCAGGAACUGCUGCAGACAGUACAGUUGUGGAAGGACAUUGUGAAGCUGAGAUGGGUUCUGAAGUAGUGAAUUCAACAAGAGAGAUGGAAAAUUGUGAUGUGAUGCAUGAAAGGGGAGAAAUCAAAGUUAGGGCCAGUUUUAAGACCCAGGACAAUGAAAACCUUGAAGAAGAGAAUAACAAGGAAGGUGCUAGAGGAGAGAAUUCAGAGGAAAACAGUGAAGGAGGAAACUUCUUUCAGGUUCAGGAAGAAGAGCCAAAGAGGGAAGCAGGGGUGUUGAUAGAGCUGAAUUUGAGGGAAGAGACAGGCUCUGAAAAGGAGAAUUGUGAAGGACCAAAAACCGUUCAUUUCGUUGCAGAGAAUGAUGAACAUGGAGAAAGCAUAGAGUUGGAAAAGACAGAAAGAGAAGCUGGGAGUCAUUCUGAGUCUAAAGAGGACAUACGUGGGCAUGAAGUAAGCCCAGGUCAGUGUGAAGCCAACACAGAAGAUAAUGUGAUCAUUGUUGGGGAUUGUGGGAAACAAGCAUUAGAAGAUAACUCUAACAUCAAAGCAGGAGAUUCCAGGGAAGAGAUGGAUGAUCAUGACAAAAUAGGUGAAGGUGGAAAGAAAGAGGCCAAAGUUGGCUCCAGUUCUGUGUCACAAAGAGAGACACAAGGUGGACAAGGAUGCUUUGAAGCAGAGAUUACCUUCAAGGCAGAGAAGUUGAAGAUGCAAGUGAUGGAGGGGAACUCUGUCACAGAACAGGCAGCCUUGCAAGUCACUUGGGAAGGGCCAGAGAAGAUAAAAGGGGAAAUGGAAAUGCAUAUGAAUGAAGAACCUUUCCAUGGGAAUGACAACAUGUUGCCAGUUAGCAGAGAAGGCAAAAAUGAAGAUCAAGAAUAGGGAUGGCUGGACCUGGAACAACAGAUGAAUGUUGCUGUCCUGAAACACACUGACAGAUGCAAAAAGACACCCAGUGAGGAGGGAAGCAAGGUGGGGAAAAGACUGUGCUACAGAGAAGUUGGCAACACCUACAAAAACCUCUGCAUGUGUUGGCUAGUGAUUUUUGUAAAAGUGUCCAGAGGCACCUCAGGGCAUCACUAAUACAGUGUGGGAGUAUGGACUGCACUAGGUGACACCCUAAGUUGGGGUGACACCACUGCUCCACAAACAGCUGCCUUUGGCCAGAAGUGGGCUGUGGUGUUCACCUGCAUCCCUUUAAGAUGCUGAAGAGAUGGCGUAAGUGGGGUGAGGCUCAGUGGUUGGAGAAAAGAGAGGCCCUACAUUUUAAAUAAAUU